GAGAGAGAGAGAGAGAGAGGUUGAUGGUUUCUCGAGAAAAAGCAAAAGAGGCAGCGGGGGAAAGUGCCUGGAAACUUGGGGGCAUAGCUGAGGCCAGCGAUCGAAGCGAUCCGAUUGGGGUUUUUCUAUAAAGGAGAGACCACAGAUCUGUUUCCGGAUUCUCACUCUACAGUUUUUAUUGAAGAGAGAGAGAGACAGAGACAGCGAAAGCAGAUUCCCACUACACUCUCUCUGUCGCUCCCUUGCAGUAAUAACUCUGGUGGAAUUGUUUAGAUCGGUUGUUUCGGCGUUGAGGUUUUGUGGUUAAAUGGGGAAAGGAGGGGAGGACUAUGGGAGGAGAGAGAAUUUUGGGAGUGAAUCGUCAUCGAGCCGAGAGGUUUUCGCCGCUUGGGCGAAGGACGUGCGGGAAUGCGAAGAGAAGUAUGGGGUGAAGCGGGAGUACGGGUUGUCGGCCGGCGAGGUGGAGAAGAGGCGGCAGAUCUAUGGAUGGAAUGAGUUGGAGAAGCACGAGGGACCGUCCAUUUUUAGAUUGAUUUUGGAUCAGUUUAAUGAUACUCUAGUUAGGAUUUUACUUGUUGCUGCGGUGAUAUCGUUUGUGUUGGCUUGGUAUGAUGGGGAGGAAGGCGGUGAGAUGGAGAUCACUGCUUUUGUGGAGCCUCUGGUAAUUUUUCUGAUCUUGAUUGUGAAUGCAAUUGUUGGGGUUUGGCAAGAGAACAACGCGGAGAAAGCAUUAGAGGCUCUAAAAGAAAUUCAGUCUGAGCAAGCAACUGUGACGCGUGAUGGCACAAAGGUUUAUAGUUUGCCAGCUAAAGAACUUGUUCCUGGGGAUAUUGUUGAGCUUCGGGUUGGGGACAAGGUCCCCGCUGACAUGAGGGUUUUAUCUUUGAUUAGCUCCACAGUUCGAGUAGAGCAAGGAUCACUGACUGGAGAGAGUGAAGCAGUUAAUAAGACAACUAAAGUUGUUCCUGAAGAUUCUGAUAUUCUGGGGAAGAAAUGCAUUGUUUUUUCUGGGACAACAGUAGUGAAUGGGAACUGUAUUUGCUUGGUUACUCAGACGGGGAUGGAUACGGAGAUUGGUAAGGUUCAUUCUCAGAUUCAUGAGGCUUCACAGAGUGAAGAAGAUACACCCUUAAAGAAGAAGUUGAAUGAAUUUGGGGAGGCUCUCACAGCUAUUAUCGGGGUUAUUUGUGCAUUGGUAUGGCUUAUUAAUGUGAAAUACUUUCUCACGUGGGAUUAUGUUGAUGGAUGGCCCAAGAACUUUAAGUUCUCUUUCGAGAAAUGCACAUAUUACUUUGAGAUUGCAGUGGCAUUGGCUGUGGCUGCCAUUCCUGAAGGUUUACCUGCUGUUAUCACAACAUGUUUGGCUCUUGGCACUCGGAAGAUGGCUCAGAAAAAUGCUCUUGUUCGGAAAUUGCCCAGCGUGGAGACUCUUGGCUGUACAACCGUGAUCUGUUCUGAUAAAACAGGUACUUUGACUACUAAUCAGAUGGCAGCUGUGAAGCUUGUGGCAAUGGGUUCCAGGGCAAAUACUGUCCGAACUUUCAAUGUUGAAGGGACCACGUAUAAUUUUCAUGACGGGAAAAUUCAGGACUGGCCCAUGAGUUGCAUGGAUGCAAAUCUUCAGAUGAUUGCAAAGAUUGCUGCUGUGUGCAAUGAUGCAGGCAUUGAACAGUCUGGGAAUCAUUACGUCGCUAGCGGAAUGCCGACUGAGGCAGCAUUGAAGGUGAUGGUGGAGAAAAUGGGACUUCCUAAUGGAUUGGAUUCUGGUGCAUAUUCAGAUAGCAGCAAUGUCCUCCGUUGUUGCCAAACAUGGAAUAAGCUUGAAAGACGGAUUGCCACUCUUGAGUUUGACCGUGAUAGGAAAUCUAUGGGAGUUAUUGUAAGUUCCACGUCUGGGAAAAAAUCAUUGCUUGUAAAGGGUGCAGUAGAAAAUGUGUUGGAACGAAGCUCCUUUGUUCAAUUACUUGAUGGUUCUAUUGUAGAACUGGAUCAGACUUCUAGGGAUUCUAUUUUACAAAGCAUGGAUGAAAUGUCCUCAAGUGCAUUGCGUUGUUUGGGCUUUGCCUAUAAGGAAGACCUCCAUGAGUUUGCUACAUAUAAUGGUGAUGAAGACCAUCCAGCGCAUGAGCUUUUACUUAAUCCAUCUAACUAUUUUUCGAUUGAGAGUAAACUCAUUUUUGUUGGCUUGGCUGGGCUAAGAGAUCCUCCUCGAAAAGAGGUCCGACAAGCCAUUGAGGAUUGCAGAGCAGCUGGAAUUCGAGUAAUGGUUAUUACAGGAGAUAACAAGAAUACUGCAGAAGCGAUAUGUCGUGAUAUAGGGGUUUUUAGACCAGAUGAGGACAUUAGUUCUAGAAGCUUAACAGGGAAGGAGUUUAUGGAGCUUCGUGACCCCCAAAGUCAUUUAAGGCAAACUGAAGGACUGCUCUUUUCUAGGGCUGAGCCAAGGCAUAAACAGGAAAUAGUGCGAUUACUUAAAGAUGAUGGUGAAGUUGUUGCAAUGACUGGGGAUGGGGUGAAUGAUGCACCAGCUUUGAAAUUGGCUGAUAUUGGAAUUGCAAUGGGCAUUGCUGGAACUGAGGUUGCAAAAGAAGCUUCUGACAUGGUUUUAGCAGAUGACAACUUCAAUACAAUUGUUGCUGCUGUAGGUGAAGGCAGAUCUAUUUAUAACAAUAUGAAGGCUUUUAUCAGGUACAUGAUCUCCUCAAAUAUUGGUGAGGUAGCAUCCAUAUUUUUGACAGCUGCUCUGGGUAUUCCAGAGGGUUUGAUUCCUGUUCAGCUUCUGUGGGUCAACCUAGUUACGGAUGGACCCCCAGCCACAGCUUUGGGAUUUAAUCCACCGGAGAAGGAUGUUAUGAAGAAGCCCCCUCGAAGGAGUGAUGACUCGUUGAUUAGUGCUUGGAUUUUGUUCCGCUAUCUGGUAAUUGGAUUUUACGUUGGGAUUGCGACUGUAGGAAUAUUUAUCAUAUGGUACACACACGAUUCUUUCUUGGGUAUCGACUUGAGUGGAGAUGGUCAUAGUCUUGUGAGCUAUUCCCAACUUGCCAACUGGGGUCAGUGCCACUCCUGGGAGGGUUUUGCGGUUACACCUUUCACAGCGGGGUCUCAAGUGUUCAAGUUUGAUAUGGAUCCCUGUGACUACUUCCAGACGGGCAAAAUAAAAGCGAUGACUCUCUCCCUUUCCGUCUUGGUCGCCAUUGAGAUGUUCAAUUCCCUGAAUGCCCUGUCCGAAGACGGUAGCCUCCUGACAAUGCCCCCAUGGGUUAACCCUUACCUACUUGUGGCAAUGUCAGUUUCGUUUGGUCUCCAUUUCUUGAUCCUCUAUGUGCCAUUCCUUGCUCAAGUUUUUGGCAUCGUGCCGCUUAGCCUGAAUGAAUGGCUUUUGGUGAUAGCUGUUGCAUUCCCAGUGAUUAUAAUUGAUGAGAUUCUCAAGUUUGUGGGCAGAUGUACCAGUGGAUUUAGAACAUCAGGAGCACGGAAACCCGCUAAGCACAAGGCAGAGUGAGGAUCAAAAACAUUAAAUUAAAGGAGACAUGUAAUGGGGGCGAGCCCAUUAUAAAUUCAAAUGCUUGCCUGCCUGCCUUCAUUAAGGUACUCCCUUUAAUCCCUCUUUCCUGAAACAGCCAGCCAGGCUUAUUAGUUUGGACCUUGAAGAUUAAUUAAAUUGGACUGGAAAACAUAUUUGUAUUGUGCUUUGACGGUAGAACUGGCAGAGGUGUAGCAGGUUUUUUUAUUUUUUUCGUUCUUUCUUUUUUUUUAUUCCACUGAUGGAUCUUCCCUAAGAAAUUGGCAGAUCCGGAAUCAAUGUUACUUCUUCGGGGCUUUAUGCAUUUCACGAAGUGUAAGGAAGCGAAUGAAGCAUUUUUGAAAACAUUGUAUAAAUGGUCUCUCUGUCUGUCUCUCGGAGCACAUUAACGACGCACAUGGAGGCACUUGUCGUCGUGUGUGUGCUCUCGUUGAUUUUGUUUUCAUUUUCAAAAUUGUACCAAAUAUUUUUGUUUCUUGAAAAAAUGACAAAUGGAAGAGACAGCAUGCCAUGCGUGCCACAAUUAA